ACGGAUAAAAAACCGAUUGUAUGCACAAAAUUAGGGUUUCUUCCUGCACCCAGCGAGCCUUCACUCAUACAUAACACAGAUCCAGAAGCAGAGCUUCAUCAGUUCAAUCCUUCAACAAUCUGUUUCAUCCUUCUGAUUCAUCAUCACGACAAUGGCAUCCGCGGCGCCGUCUCGUUCGUUUUUGCAAGUUGCAGCCACUGAGGAGGCAGUUGCACCGCCUCUAAGAGUUGUUCAGAUUGAAGGACUGGUUAUAUUGAAGAUCAUCAAACACUGCACAGAGUUUUCGAACGCUCUUGUGACUGGACAGCUUCUUGGUUUAGAUGUCGGCAGCGUUCUUGAAGUUACCAACUGCUUUCCCUUUCCGAUCCGCGAGGAAGAUGAGGAGAUCGAGGCAGAGGGUGCUAACUAUCAACUUGAGAUGAUGAGAUGUCUUAGGGAAGUUAAUGUUGACAAUAACACUGUGGGAUGGUACCAAUCAACGAUAUUAGGUUCUUAUCAGACUGUGGAACUGAUCGAGACUUUCAUGAAUUAUCAGGAGAAUAUCAAACGAUGUGUGUGCAUUAUUUACGACCCUUCGAAGUCCAACCAAGGUGCAUUGGCUUUGAAAGCCUUGAAGCUUUCUGAUUCUUUCAUGGAGCUUUAUCGCAACAAUGAAUUCAAUGGCGAAAAGUUGCGGGAGAAAAAUCUAACAUGGGUGGAUAUUUUCGAGGAGAUACCUAUCAAGGUUUCAAAUUCAGCCCUUGUCAGUGCGUUUAUGACCGAGCUGGAAGCUGACUCACCUGUCACCCAGUCUGAUUACGAUAGGCUGAAAUUAUCAACAAAUCCUUUCCCGGAAAGGAACAUGGAGUUUUUGAUUGAAUGCAUGGAUGAUCUCUCAAUGGAACAGCAAAAGUUCCAAUUUUAUUAUCGCAAUCUGUCACGUCAACAAGCCCAGCAGCAAACAUGGCUUCAAAAAAGAAGGGCUGAAAAUAUGGCACGUAAAGCUGCAGGAGAGGAACCUUUGCCUGAGGAGGAUCCUUCAAACCCCAUCUUUAAGCCUCUUCCUGAGCCGUCACGAUUGGAUAGUUAUCUGAUAACAAAUCAAGUCUCCAACUACUGCAAUCAAAUCAACAGUGUUGCAGGGCAGAGUUUCAGCAGAUUGUAUCUGAUGAAGGCAUUACAUGAAAACUGAUGAUGAAGCGCUAUGAAACACUAUGUUCUAGAGAGAUGUGUGAUAUUGGGUAUGCUGGCUCGUGUUAUCUUUAUUUUCUGUUAUUUAUCGGCAACUGGAGUGGUAUGCUAGGAGAAUUUUGGUUUAAAAACAUUUUAUUAAAAUCGGCAGUUUGUUUUUUAUGGGUAAUUGUUGGUUAUUCAUGACAUGUCGUUGAAUUUUACAAAUUCUGUGAUAAAGAAAAACGUGCAUGCCAAUGGACAAUGUUUCAUGAAAAAGCGAUUCAGGUGA